AUGGACCCAACCCUUUCCACUCUAGAGUUGGAUGCUAAUAAGUAUCCCGAGCCCCAUUCAGAUGACAAGCCUUUUUCUAAAGACGCGAUGGGACGGAGGGCGAGUACCGACUCUUAUUGUCAGUGUAAAUUGCUUGUCCAGGAGUGUCCCAACUCCGUUCACAGGCGCAGGGGCCGGCAGACUUACAGCCGGUAUCAAACACUUGAACUGGAGAAAGAAUUCCAGUACAGCCAUUAUCUUACGCGUCGCCGUCGCAUCGAGAUUGCGCACAGCCUCUCUCUCACAGAGAGGCAGAUAAAAAUCUGGUUUCAGAACAGGCGGAUGAAACUGAAAAAGGAACGACAACAAAUAAAAGAUCUCAACGAGGAGAUGAAUCGGAGAAUAGAACAGAGCAAUCGACAGGCUCAGCAGCAGCAGCAGCAGCAACAACAACAACAACUAUGUGACCAGCCAUCGUUGAAUGAAAACUACUUUGCCAAGGGCCUAGCAACCGACUGUACAGGUGUCAGUGAACGAGGUCUAGGCAACGAUCUCCUUCUCAGCCUGCGCCUACGAAAUGGCCAGAAAUCACUUAGCACCUUUACAGAGAAGGCAUCAGACCAGUUACUGGAACAAAAUGCUGGUUUGGAUCAGCGGAAUGACCGUCUCUUGAGGGCUUAUUCUAUACCAACACCAGCAGAGCCCACAUCAGUUUUUGAGGGAUGGAGAUUUAAGUCGAUGUUAUUGCCUGCAUAUGAACACCAGAGCGAUCUUUUCACGUCACACCAGAGUGGAGUUGAGCCGGAGCACCAUUCCAUCGAGCAUGGAGGUCGGGUCUCUUAG